CUUGGCAAGAACCACUAUCACCCCUGCCGUUGCUCGUAUUGACGCUCUACAAGACAUGGACGAGGCGUGGACAAAGUCGGCAGACGACGUCCUUUCGCACCUCCAGGUGGACGCCAGCAAGGGUCUGAGCCGCGCCCAAGUUGAAGAGCGGCGGGCAAAGUACGGAAGCAAUGAGCUGUCUGAGCAACCCCCCACGCCCCUCUGGCGACUUAUCCUCGACCAGUUCAAAGACCAACUCGUCCUCAUCCUUCUUGCCUCUGCCGUCAUAUCGUUUGUGUUGGCCUUGCUAGAGGACAACGAGAGCCUGGGUACAGCACUCGUGGAGCCGACAGUCAUCUUUCUCAUCCUCAUUGCAAACGCCACUGUUGGCGUGGUCCAGGAGCGUAACGCAGACCAGGCUAUUGAGGCACUCAAAGAGUACUCUCCCGACACCACAUCGCUCGUCCGAGAUGGAAAGGCGAUUCGCGUGCGCGCCGCCGAGGUGGUCCCCGGCGAUAUUGUCAGAGUAGCUGUGGGCGACAAGGUGCCCGCAGACUGCAGACUGGUCAGCGUCUCGUCUAGCUCAUUCAGAAUGGACCAGGCCAUCCUUACCGGCGAGUCGGUCUCGGUCAACAAGGACGUCGACGUUGUCAAGGACGCGAGGGCUGUCAAGCAGGACAUGACCAAUAUGCUCUUUUCCGGCACAACGGUAACGAAUGGACAAGGAAUUGCUGUCGCGGUGCUCACAGGAAGUAAAACUGCCAUCGGCGACAUCCAUACAGCCAUUUCAUCCGAGGAAGACGAAAAGACACCCCUGAAGCAGAAGCUUGAUGACUUUGGCGACAUGCUCGCAAAGGUCAUUUCGGUUAUUUGCAUCCUCGUCUGGCUCAUCAACAUUCGCCACUUCAACGAUCCCAGCCACGGAGGCCUGCUCAAGGGUGCCAUCUACUACUUCAAGAUUGCCGUCGCUCUCGCUGUGGCUGCGAUCCCCGAGGGAUUGGCGGCCGUCAUCACCGCUUGCCUGGCGCUGGGCACCAAGAAGAUGGCAAAGAAGAAUGCAAUCGUUCGGCACCUGCCCUCGGUCGAGACGCUCGGCUCGACCAAUGUCAUUUGCUCCGACAAGACGGGCACCCUCACAACGAAUCAAAUGAGCGUCACCCGUCUGUUGACCUUUGGUGCUCACGCCCACGACAUCGACGAGUACAAGGUUGAAGGAACUAGCUUUGCGCCGACUGGAACCGUCUCGAAUCUCUCUGGCGAGUCCCUCACCGGUGUGCUUAACCACCCAGGCUCCAACAUCAAUGCCGUGGCCGAAGUGUGCGCCCUCUGUAAUGACUCCAAGGUUGCUGUCGAUGACUCCGGCAACUAUUCUGCCAUUGGCCAACCCACAGAGGCUGCUCUGAAGGUCCUCGUCGAGAAGCUACGCCACCAUGACUCGAACAUCAACCAGACUCUGUCCGACCUUUCGGUCAGCCAGCGCGCGACAGCCGUCUCGGACGCCUACGAAAGACAGUACCCCCGCUUGCUCACAUUUGAAUUUUCGCGCGAUCGCAAGUCGAUGUCGACGCUCAUCAAGCGGGCAAAUGGGUCCGCAUCCUUGCUGGUCAAGGGCGCCCCGGACACGAUGCUGGAGCGAUGCUCCGUGGUCAAGCUCGACAAUGGUCACACAGCGCCUCUGACCAAUGACAUGCGGCGUCUGAUCACCGACAAGGUCUUGGACUAUAGCAACCAAGGUCUGCGAUGCCUGGCCCUGGCCGUUGUCGACGAUGAACAGGUGGACGUGAGCAAAUAUCGGAGCCGGAAUCCUAGCGAAUAUGUCAAGUUCGAGCAAAACAUGACCUUUGUCGGUCUCGUCGGCAUGCUCGAUCCACCUCGACCGGAGGUGAGGGGCGCCAUUGCAAAGUGCCGAAGCGCAGGUAUCCGUGUCAUUGUCAUCACGGGCGACAACAAGAACACAGCUGAAACCAUCUGCCGCUCGAUUGGCGUGUUUGGAGCGAACGAGGACCUCAUGGGAAAGAGCUUCACCGGUCGCGAAUUCGACGACCUGACCGAGGAGCAGAAGCAGAAAGCCGUCCUGGACGCCAGCCUCUUUUCGCGAACCGAACCGAACCACAAGAGCGAGCUCGUCGACCUGCUGCAGCGGCAAGGCCUGGUCGUCGCCAUGACGGGCGAUGGUGUCAACGAUGCGCCCGCCCUCAAGCGUGCCGACAUCGGCAUUGCCAUGGGCACGGGCACCGAUGUGGCCAAACUCGCCGCCGACAUGGUCCUUGCCGAUGACAACUUUGCUACGAUCGAGUCGGCGGUCGAAGAGGGCCGCUCCAUCUUCAACAACACCCAAGCCUUUAUCCGCUACCUCAUCUCGUCCAACAUCGGCGAGGUUGUCUCCAUCUUCCUCACCGUCCUCCUGGGCAUGCCCGAGGCUCUGAUUCCCGUCCAGCUCCUUUGGGUCAACCUCGUCACCGACGGUCUGCCUGCAACUGCCCUUGGCUUCAACCCGCCGGACCAUGAAAUCAUGCGUCACAAACCUCGUCGUCGAGACGAACCUCUAGUGGGCAAGUGGCUCUUUGCCCGAUAUAUGAUCGUCGGCAUCUACGUCGGUGCAGCCACCGUAGCAGGCUACGCGUGGUGGUUCAUGUAUUACGAGGGCGGGCCCCACAUCACCUUUGAGCAGCUUACGCACUUCCACCAGUGCACCAACAGCUCGACGCUGGGUAGUCUCCUCGGCAAGGAGGGCUCGUCGCUUUUCCGCGGCAUCGACUGCACUAUGUUCACCGACGUCCGGGCAAAGGCAGCGACGACCGUCAGUCUCUCGAUCGUCGUCCUCGUCGAGAUGGCGAAUGCCCUCAAUGCUCUUUCGGAGGUUGACAGCCUGUUGAUCCAGCCUCCGACCAAGAACCCCUUCCUCAUCUUUGCCAUUGCUCUCUCGGUCGCGCUCCACUUCAUGAUCCUCUACGUGCCUUUCCUGCGCGACCUCUUUGUCGUGACGCCCCUCAACUGGGAGGAGUGGAAGGGCGUUUUGGCCUUUUCGCUUCCCGUCGUCAUCAUCGACGAGGUGUGCAAAUGGGCCACCAGGACGUUUGUCAACCCACCCGAUGCGCCCGGCCUCAUCGAAGAGCGCGCUGCCGUCAACGGCGAAAAGAAAAAGCAGUAAUCAUAGAGUAUCAUAGAAGGAUGCUCUAAUGUAAAGAGAGUGUUGCUCCACCAUUGAAAGAAAAGAAAUACUUUGUAUUCAUCAAAGUAGCAACAAAGGACACUGGUUGAC